AUGUCCAAGAAGGAUGUGGCGUGUUUCUGGAUCGUACUGAUCCUGUGCCAAGAGCUACGGACCGACCCGAUCGCAGAGAUGGGACCAUCCUCUGGCAUCCUGAUUCAAGAGACACCAGGGUUCAUCUUGACAGAGAAGAGGAUCCUGACCCGACGUGUGUUCGUCAGCUUGGACCCCAAGAUUUCCAUCGAGAAGGCAUACAACAUUUCAUCGAUGCAGCUUCCUGAGUUACAGACUUGGUACCAGAUGCAUCUCCAAAGAGCACAGGACCGUGUGCGAAACAUCUUGGAGCAAGCCCGGAAACCAUUUGUAUCCAGUUCUAUUCCGAUGAGCAACCGACCCAAAAGGUUCCUCACCGCUAUAAUUGUUGCAUUAGUUUGUAGUUGUCGCAACUGGAAUGUCUGCAGCCAACUCUAUUACUGUCCAAAAGCUGGAUAUGGAAAUCUAUGCGCUAAAGCAACACAUUAA